ACAUCUUACGCUCCCCUGAGACACCUCACGGAGGAACAGGUUUCGCCAUGUUCCCCACAUCCUCUUGCCACACGCAUUCUUCCUAACAUUCCCUACCUUUGAGUCCCUGGGUUGCGCGCAUGCCCAUCAACACCAUCACCGUGGGCGCCGCGGUCGCGCCCACCAUUAUCGAAACGUACAUCUCGCACUACCUCAACCGCCGCCCGCUCAAGCAGAAGCCGACCGCGCACAUCUCGUACCACGAAGGCCUCGAACUCAUAAGAAGGUUCCUGCACUACUCGUCCUUCCACGCCGUCGAGGAAAUCCAGGCCUUUACCUCGCAAUGGGUGCCCGUGCCCGUGUGGGUCCACGUCGAACAGCUCGUGAUCCCCCACGCGCAGUUGAAGCUCUCAGCCGAUCACGUGCGCGCGCAUCUCGGUCCUGAUGGCAUCAAGGCCAUCGGUGGUAAUACCUGGUGGCAAUGGCGCAGGGAAGGCAGCGAGGCGCUCAAGGCCGAGUGGAUCGAGAUGCGCAAGGACAUGGAGGAGCGCAAGAAGUCGCCCAAUGUCAAGGGUCAGCGCGUCAUGCUGUACGUGCACGGCGGGGCGUACUACUUUGGCAGCGUGGACGAACACCGAUACCAAAUGCAGCGGCAUGCUCGCAAGCUCAAGGCCAGGGUGCUCGCGCCGAGGUAUAGGCUCGCGCCGCAGUUCCCGUUUCCCUGUGGUCUGAUGGACUGCUUAGCGGCUUACCUGUGGCUGCUGGAGGAGAAGCACGACCCGUCUACUAUCAUUUUAGCUGGCGACUCUGCUGGUGGCGGCAUGGUGCUGACAAUGCUAGUGGUGAUGCGCGACCAAGGCAUUCCUCUGCCUGCUGGUGCGAUAUUGUUGUCUCCGUGGGUGGACCUUACACACAGCUUUCCCAGCCUAGCUGGAGAUGGCAAGCUGGACUAUAUUCCUCCACACGGCUUCGUUCACAAGCCUAGCGUAAGCUGGCCGCCUCCGAACGCCGACGACCUACUGGCCUACGAGGGCAACAAGCCAAUCGACGAGAAAGCCAAACCAGACACUGCAGCCACAAAAGAAGAAAAGAAGGAAGAGAAAUCAGCGCAGAAAGAGGAGAAGCAGGAUCGCGUGCGAGGCUUCUCGCUCACCAAUGCCGAAAAACCUGACCUUGGAACCCUCUCGAACGCGCCGAUAUCCGAUGAGAGUAAUGGAGCUGGAACAGAAACUUGGAUAUCUCAUGACGGCAAAUAUAGUAUAGGACCCAAGUCGAUGCUUUCUCUCCAACUCGACGGGAAGCUCAUCGAGAUCAAGGACCAGAUCCAGCUCUAUGCGCCCAACCACAUGCUCACUCAUCCGCUAGUCUCUCCCGCUCUGCAGCCUUCCUUGGGUGGGCUUCCUCCGCUUCUGAUACAAGUCGGUGGAGGAGAACUCCUCAGAGACGAACAGAUCUACAUCGCUCACAAGGCCGCCCAGCCGCUUGCUUACCUACCUCCGCCAUCGAAUCAUCAGACAGCCCAAGCCAUUUCGGAACAGGCAGCUCGGUACAGGCCUACAAACGUACAGCUUCAGGUUUGGGAUGAUCUGUGCCAUGUUGCGCCGACGCUUAGUUUCACUCGGCCAGCAAAGCACAUGUACCGCGGCGUAGCGCAGUUCGGUGCCUGGGCCCUCGCCCGUGCGCAGAAGACCUCGAUCGAUAUCAUGGACGAUGACAAUAUCUCCAUCGUUAGCAGCGACUCGGGAUCUACUUCAUCCGACAGCCAGCUCGGCGCAGAAGACAUCAAGCUUAGCAUGCCGCAAAGCGCCCAGCACGUCGGCUUCGAAAGCGUGUCCACCAAGAAAGAGCAGGGCGCUGUGGUUGGCAGAGCGGGUGACCCUAUCCCUCCGUUCGAAAACCACAUGAUCCGCCAACGGGUCGACCGCCACGGGCGCAUCUAUCCGCUUCCUCCGCCACAGGAAUUGGAGGCCCUCAACAUGCCGAGUAGCGACGUAGGCGUUCCGAAGAAGGGUCCAGUUAACAAGUGGAUGAAGGCGCAGCAGCAGUGGAACGGCAAGUUUGCAAAGCAGAAGCUCAAGAUACAACGAAAGCGAAUGCGGGACAUGGAGAAGGGAUACGAAGGGUUUGAUGGUGAGACGCCGCCUCCGACCGCGCUGGCAGGACGAAUAGUGAAGGGUAUGAAAAAGGAAAAGAAGGCAAAGAAGAGCUGGGGUAUGGCGAUGUGGAGUUUUUGGGGAAGCAAGCACGAUGAAGCCACCAUCGGCCGCGAAGAACAAGCCAACCAGUCCUCCGAAGCAGACCCCCAACAAUCCACCGCUGCUGGAGCCUCCACAACAGACGGCCCAUCCAACACCAAUCCCCCUCCCCCACCCUCACCCCGCGCAUCCCGCCGCAGCAAAUCCAAACACCUCGCCCCAGCCUCCGCGCCUUCCACGCGCUCGCGCUCCCGCUCGCGCCACUCCACCGUCACAGACCGCGGCCAAAUCACCGCCUCCACAGACGAACUCGCGCAGCUCGCGCCACCGCCCACGCUCGCUCACGUCACCGUCCUCGCCCCCGAGCGCGACGGCAGCAACGGCGCGCCCACACCGACGCUUGUAUUGUCAGAUGGUAGCAAUGGACAAGAGCGCCCGCAGAGCCCGCCGACGCUGAUCCCCGCGACGGAUACGCUGAGUACGCGGCCGACGAGAGGCGGGGUUGCGUAUCCGUUCACGCUGAGGGUGGGUGAUGAUGCGGGCGGGGACGCGAAUGCGAGUAUGCUCACGUUGCAGAGUGUGAAUUUGGGGAGUCCGGGGUUGGAAGAGGAGACGAAAGAACUUGUGGCCAUUGGAGGAGAGCCAGAGCUAGAGCAAAGUGUAGAGCGGCCGGGCGUGGAGCGGUUCGUAACUGCUGCGGAUAUCGGCGCGCUGGGUGGUGUAGAGAACGAGAAGGAAGAAGAGAAUGAGGGCACAGAAAGACCAGGUGUAGAGCGCUUCGAGACCGCGCGGGAGGAUCUGAGCACGCUGGCUGCUGGGGUGAACGGGAAGGCGUAGAUGCGAUUGAUUGGAGUCGCUUACUCUGCGUAUACCACUUCCUGUUCUUCCAGUCGCCAUACCCCAUAUAUACCCUUCUUAAACAUAAAGCAACAAUAAAUACUAUAAC